AUGCUGCGCUGGUACCAAGCCAAAUUAGCUGCGAGGCCCAUCCUGACCACCAGCAUCAGCAGCGCGGUGUUGUUCGGCAGUGGAGAUAUCCUGGCGCAGCAGGCGGUUGACCGCCGUGGCCUCGAGAAGCAUGACUUUGCGCGCACCGGUCGCAUGGCUCUCUACGGUGGAGCGGUAUUCGGUCCUGUCGCUACCCAGUGGUUCCGUAUUCUCCAGCGUCACGUCGUUCUCAAGAGCAGAGCUGGAACCACUAUCGCCCGUGUCGCAGCGGACCAGGCUGUGUUUGCUCCGAUCCAGUUGACCUGCUUCUUGUCUUCAAUGGCAAUUAUGGAGGGAUCUGACGUACGGCAGAAGUUGCGCCAAUCCUGGCUGCCCAGCUAUAAGGCCAACCUCCUGGUCUGGCCAUUUGUUCAAGGUGUAAACUUUACAUUUGUGCCCCUAGAACUACGUGUUCUGGUAGUCAACAUUGUCAGCUUAGGUGAGCGAUCCCUUGGCCUUUCAUCCUCGUCAUUGGGUCCUAUUCUUAUCAUUUCUGUACUAAAUCACUCUAGGAUGGAACUGUUUCCUCAGCUUAUUAAACAGCGGUGA